AAAACAAAACAAAACAAAAAACAUUGCAAGAACUGAUUAAUUCCUUAGGGUAAAUAUGAAUUACUUUUCAGGGUCAUCCUACGUUUUGGAAUUCCUGUCACUCAAAUCCUGGCUGUCUUAGGAGCUUGACCUCCAAUUUUGUCUCUUUGGUCCUAUGAGGUCACCAAAAGCUCUCCUGGCUUUUCUACUCAUUAAAAGAGGUUUUCAAUACAUCCAUAGUUUUUGUCUCAUGUCAAUGUUUAGAAUAAUUCCCAUGGGGAAAAGUUUCUCAUAAGUUAUUAGACCAUUACCAUGCAGUUCUUUCUAGUCUAUGAUCUUGGUUUUUCAAAUACUGGUCAUUAACAGUUUUUUCAAAGAUUUGUUUUGUUUUGCUUUAUUAUUAGCUUUACUGGGUUCCAGUAUGGCUCUUCUAAAACUACUCUAUCAUGGCCAGGAGUAGAAGUUUGUAUUAAUUAUCUCUGACAAUUACUGAUUCUAUUUUAGGUAUUUUGUUAUUUCUUAGUUUUUUAUUUCCUUUUUAACAAUAUCGCCAAGAAAAUGAUUUUAAGUGAUGUGAUAUUCAGAAUUUUUUCUAUGCUACAUAGUUUUGGUUUUGCGGUAACUCAUUGAUGCUUAUGAUCUAUACUAAUAUCUUAUUAAUUCAUGCUUAACAAAGAACUCCACAAAUGGGAUUAUGUGGACCUUGGCUAAUAUGUUAAUUAAAAAUUUUAGGAGAACCCAGAGCCAAAAUAUUCUUUUAGAUUACAAAAUAUUCUGGAUGAUGGGUAUAAUAUGUUUCCCAAGGGAAAAAAGAAUUUUCUAUUUGCCCAACAUAUUUACUGAAUAUAUUCCAGGUCAUUACCACCAGUCCCAGCAACUGCCACCUAGCAGAGAUCAAAUCAAAGCAUCGGUUUUUAUUUUUCCCUUGUUUCUCUUGUUUUGGGCUAUCAAUAUGCUAACUAAUAUCCCAGACAUACAAAAGAGUGUGGAUAUAAACAUUUUUUGUUGGGUGUAGUUAUCUAAGUAUUAUACAUCAGCAGGGAAUAUGGUUCUUGGUACAAUUGUAAAUGGUUUGAUUUCUUGAUUUCUCUUUGUGUUGCUUCAUUAUUGGUGUACAGAGAUGAAACCAAUUUCUGUACAUUAAUUUUGUGUCCUGAAACUUUGCUGAAUUCAUGUAUCAGUUCUAGCAGACUUUUGGUGGAGUCUUUCAGGUUUUCCAUGUAGAGUAUCAUGCCAUCUGCAAAAAGUGAAAAUUUGAUUUCUUCUUUGCCAAUUUUGAUGUCUUUUAUUUCAUUUUAUUGUUUGAUUGCUGAUACUAGGACUUUCAACACUGUGUUAAACAAUAGUGGUGAGAGUGGACAUGCCUGUUGUGUUCCUGAUCUCAGGAGGAAAGCUCUCAGUUUUUCCCCAUUGAGGAUGAUACUAGCUGUGGGCUUUUCAUAUAUGGCUUUUAUGAUGUUUAGAACAGCUAGAGAAGGAUAGGUAUUAACUCUGCUUUAAAUAUCUGGUAGAGAUGAGGAGGAGCCAGGAUGGUGGAACAGCAUAGAAGUUUUUUGUGUGUCUCGCAUCCAUGAAAUACAACCAGACCAACACUAAACCAUCCUGCACACCUAGAAAACUGAUUGGAGGAUUAACACAACAAUCUGCACAACCUGAACCACAGAUUUCAGCAGUUACCCAACCCUCUGCUCUUUGAUGCUGAUCAACAGUAACAGCAGAACUCCCAAACUGUGAGAUGCUCUUACUAGGAUUAAAACCUCUCCACUUAUAAAGUAGUCAUGGAUGUCACACCCAGACUUUUUGUUGCAGCUGAAGAUUCUAUGAGGAGAAGACUCCCAUUUCAAGAAUUCAGAUCUCACACCCACACUAGGACUUUAAGUGGAUGAUAAAGAGCAUGACAAGAACAUGACUUUUAACACACCAGACUGAAAACUGUGUGUGGAGAAGAGGGACAACUGGAGAAAUCACAGAAAGAAUCAACAUGGAAAUUAUUCGUGACAUGUAUGGAAAUAACCUUUUGCCUUUUUGAUUUUUCCUUCAACUUCUAUUCAAGUGGAGUGAAUUUGUUAUCUAAUUUUGAUUUAUUUCUUGGUACCUUUAUUUACAACUACUAUUUAAGAUAAGUGCUUAAAUUAAUUUACCCUCUUGCUCAUUUAUUUGAGAUUUGUUGCCUUAUUAUCACUUGACUUUCCUGAAAGGUAUGGACAGAAGCUACCCCCAAAAAGUGGAUGUCCCACAAAAUUUUGUCCCAUGAAACUGAGUGUCCCACUGCCUCUAGUACAUAAGGACCAGUAUUUUAAAAUGAAUCUUUCUGCCUUAUAUUUGACUCAAAUGUUAUAGAGGGUGGGAAAGAUUCAAUCAUAUGUAGUAUUUAUAAGAAAAUGAUUUUUUAAAUGGUUGUAUGAUUCUUGGAGUAUUCAUCCAGAAUAGUUUUAUCCACAUGAAAAAUUAAACAGGUCAAGAGAGUAAAGAGGAGGGGAGAGAAUUUGCAAAUAUUCAUUUGAAAUAAGCAGUAGUCUGAGUCUGAAACCAUCCCCUUCCAACAGGAAAGGGUGUUUUAAAGUACCUGCCCCAUCACAUUAAUAGGUGUGCAGAUAGGAGACUUCAACAGAGCUACUUGGAGAUUUCACUAAUUGCAUAUUUUAGUUGGGAGUGCAGAGAGUGAACCAGGGGCAGAAAAACCAGGAAAUUCUGGGGGAUGAGAAAAGUGCCAAUAGCUUCUACAGUGGUAGAUUCAAGAAAGUCUUGGCUGCUGCAAUGUUUUUGAGACAAAUGAUGGAAGAGACUUUCCUGUGUGUUGGAGGAGGGUGGUGGUGAAGGGAGAGUUAGUGCAGGGUUGUCCUGAGUCUAAUCCAUUGGAACCACCAGAGGGACAAAGGGAAAAAGUAGCACGAUGCUGGGAGAGAAUGCUGGAUCUCCAGAAGCUGCAAAAGGUGAUGUAAGCUUCAUGGGAGAUGCACCAGUCCAGGCUGGGGACCCACAGGCCCAUUGUCCCAGUAAGAAGGCUUAUAAGAACCCACCACUUUUCCCAUGAAAGAAGAGUCAGCUCUUCAAACACCUCCCAGGCUCAGAUUGGAAGAGUAAGAACUUUUCUGUAACUCUUUUCCUUCCCCUUUGCAUGGCCCAAACAGGAAGACCCUAUGGCCCUACUGUCAUACUGGCAGAGAAAGGGUGGGGAGAGAGAGAAGCUGCCCACAGCCCAUCCCUCAAGCACAAGGGGUUACCUGGAAGGAGUGAUAGUUGGUGGAGGACAAGACUGAAUGCUAAGUGAGGCUUUCAGUUGUUGGUAUUCAUGGGAUUGGGUUUUCAAAUUAGUGGAUUUAGAUUCUGUUUGUAACUGAAAUUGGUUGUGAUACAUUUAUUACUGUGGAGGUCAUGUAUCUGCUGGAGUUUUCAUCCAGUUGCAGGGGGAAAUAGAUGGAAAGGACAAAAGAAAACAAAAAUGUAGAAUUUAGGUCACAUCUAAGGACCCAUGCUUGUCCUUUAAAUCCAUUAUGUGUAUUAAUUACCCACUUAUUAUUCUUAAAUCCCACAACAGAGGGUGUGGGAUCUCCUGAAGCGAUAGGGCUGAAGAGGAGAUGGAAACAGCUAAUGAGAGCACAGGUGGGGAUUUCAUCUUAGUGGGCUUCUCUGAGCGGCCCAAGUUAGAGCUGAUCCUCUCUCUCUUUGUCCUGAUGUUCUACACUAUAACUCUUGUGGGCAACGUGGCCAUAAUCCUACUCUCUAUCCUGGAUGCUGGACUUCAUACACCCAUGUACUUCUUCCUCAGAAACCUCUCUGUGCUUGACCUCUGCUUCACCACCAGCAUUGUGCCCCAGAUGCUGGUGAACAUGUGGGGAGGUAACAAAAAGAUCAGCUAUGCUGGCUGCAUGGUCCAGUACUGGGUGGCCUUGGCACUUGGCUCCACAGAGUGUGUGCUCCUUGCGGUGAUGGCAGUUGAUCGCUAUGUUGCAGUUUGCUGGCCUUUACACUAUACCUCCAUCAUGCACCCCAGGCUGUGUCACCUCCUGGCAGCAGCUUCCUGGUCCUCUGGUUUUGCUAACUCCUUUCUCCAGUCCUCAAUGGCCAUGGUGCUGCCUCGAUGUGGAAACCGGCGUGUGGACCAUUUCUUCUGUGAACUAUUGAUCAUUGUUAAACUCUCCUGCGUUGAUACUGGCCCAACAGAAUCUAAAAUGUUUAUUGCCCGGCUAAUCAUCCUAGGCAUGCCUAUCUCCAUCAUCCUGACCACUUACUUGUGCAUCGCCAGGGCAGUAGUAAAAAUGCGCUCAGCAGAGGGAAGGAAAAAGGCCUUUAGGACCUGUGCCUCCCACCUAAUGGUAGUCUCACUCUUCUAUGGGACCAUUAUGUUUUUGUAUCUGCAGCCCAAGGACAACUACUCCCAGGACCAGAGCAAAGCACUGGCAGUGCUUUACAUGAUUCUUGCACCCACACUCAACCCUCUGGUCUACACACUGAGGAAUAAGGAUGUGAAGAAAGCAGUCAGGAGCUUGAUGGGGAUGGAGCAGGUAUAGGGAGAUCAAGAGUGGGAAGAAAGGUGAGGCAACCACUGGCGACACAACUUGUGGUGUACUUGCUUUAACUGUGCUUGUUUUAUGUUUCUGUGAGGGGGUUGGAAAAUCUGCUGUGUGCUCUUCUCUAGCUAUUCCUGGGAUCUUUACAGGGUGGGGACUCACCAGAAGGAAACCUAACCAUCCCUUAAAGGAACCUCUGGCCAAGGCAAUCUCCCCUGGCAAGUAAUUCUGUGUCCCACUGUUAAUGUUUUUCUAUUUUCAAUGCAUGGUUACUAGCUUAUUCAAAUGCCACCAAACAUACUCCUAGAUGUUACAAUAGCACCGAUGAUCACUCUGCUACAUUUAUUAAGCAGCUACACGGCCAUAGAAGUUUCUUCAUUUUCUCCAUCACCACUGUCACUAUACCAUCAUCAAAACAGUUAGGAAAAUGGAGGAUUUAGUCAGUAACAUACAAUGCAAUACUUGUCCAUCAUGAAUAAAUAUAUGUGGAACAAGAAAAAAGAAUAAGAAUCAAGUAGACAGAGACUACACAGUAUACCAAGGAUCCUGUUUCUUAGAAUUGAAAGAAGUACCAUGACUUCAAGGCAAGGCUUUAGGACAUGUCAAAUUUUAUCUUAUUUAGUGUUUGAAUAAUAAGAAUAAACAUGUUCGCUUGCUGGAGCUAUAAGACAGUUUGUAAAUUUUAAAAUCAC